AUGUGGAAGAUAAGCGAGGACGAACUUAUAUUUCAUAAAAUGCAAGGUGUAAUUGCAAAUGCGCUGAAACUGCAAAAAAAUAUUGCAUCCUUCAAAAAUGGCGAAACUUAUAAAGUAAACAUAAUAAUUGCGGUUGGGGAUGUAACAUUCUCGGUGAUUGGCGAUGACAAAGCUCGACAUUUUGUGAUUUUUGGUACGGCAAUCGAGGAGUUAAAGCAUGGCAAAAAAAUUUCUUCGCCACACGAUUUGUUAAUAUCAUUGAGCGCGUGGCAGCAUUGUACGCCAAGUCAAUACGAUUAUGUCAUCAAAGACGCAUAUAACGUCAAGGUACUCAGAAUCAAAGAAAAGAUAGACAUAACCCUACCCGAUAUACCCGAAUCAGUCACCGUGAGAUUUUCGUUACCCGGUGGUCCGACUACGAAAAUAAUUGAACACGAACACGAGGAAGAAAAAGAAGAAGAAGAAGAGGAAGAUGAUGAAGAAGAAGAAGUUCCUACGGCAAUCACCAGGAUAAUUGCAGUAGACUCGUAUUUUGACUUACAUUUACGAAGCUAUUCGAUAAAGCCGGUACUCCAUCAGAUUGAAAAGGGUAAACCGCUGAAAUUUUUAGCGGAAUUGAGACGACUCACUGUAGUAUCCGUCGAUAUUAUUCCCAAGCGACUGUCAAUCAACGAACUAAUACAUUUGGUUGAUAAGUGCUUUCUUCUUUUGCUCAGCAUAGUUACGCAAUACGCGGGUUGUAUUAACAUGGCAAAUCUGUACGAGAGAAACAUCUUUUUUUGCAUUGUAUUCGGAUUACGUGAAUAUUACGACGAGAUUGAAUUUAAACACGGGGAUAGUUGCAAAAACGGAAUUACAUGCGCGAUGCAAAUACUGCAAAAAAUGAGAGACAUUGAUGAUAUUCGAGCUACAUUCAUCGGCGUUUCGACAGGAAUGGCUUACUGCGGCGUGAUCGGACACGCUAGAAAGACCUACGCCAUCGUCGGGCCGCCCAUUAACAAAGCUGUACACAUAAUGGACAUUUCGUACAACAAGGUUUCGUGCGACUACAAUACCGUAAUGAACAGUCGCUUGAGCAAGGACAAAUUUCGUUCUCGCGGUAUCAGAACGUUAGGGAAAAAGGAGAAAUGCCAUGUCUACGAAUAUAUGGGCGAUACGUUGUGAGAAAUUGUACAAUAUUCAUCCGGACAAAUUUGAUUAAUUACGAUGAAAUUAUUUUAUUGAAUUUCAAUUUAAAAAAUAGUUUUGCAAUUAAGUAACAUACUGUUUGUACAGAAUAAGGAAAGAUUUGGAUGCGACCUCA